CAUACACCUGUCAUGACAUGUCGGAUUGCCGACAAAAACCUUCUCUGUCCCACCUUGCCUCUCGCAUCUUUUUUUUCGUCUUUAUUUUGGAAUUCGCUCUGAUGUUAACUUUCCUUCAGUACCCUUCAGUAUCGCCCAUUACACGCAAGCACAUGCCCACAUUCCUCCUGUUCAUCCAGUGACACCGAUAUAUCGUCGCCAUAUCCUUCGGCGCCAUACUCUCUUCCAAGGACCACUUGUCGACCGAUCCAGGUUACCGAAGCCGCCGCAGAUCCUCCACAGAAUAGAAAUACUAUGAAUUCUUCCGCCGAGUCUUCCGUAUAUUCCCCCCAAACCAUGUCUUCCAGUGGGUUCGACAGGUACACCAAGGAAUCGAAAGGGGUUUCCACAUGGCGCUCCGAGACUUCUUCGGCGGGCGACGACAGAACUCAUAAUCAUGUUGCCAACAUCCGAAAUUACCUUGCAAGUGAAGAGGUCGUGCAGCUGCAAGAAACCCAAGCCAAGGAGAACGCCCGAUCCCACGAAUCGCGAACCGUCCAUGACCGCGCCAAUCCUCUCCCGAACAUCACAAAUUACUCGGCAGCGCUUCACGACAAUGCUUGGCCACUCGAUAUAGAUGCCGAUACCGUGUCUACGAUCGCGGAUGACACGACGCAACGGAGCGAUCUAGACGAUAUGUGUAUCGGCCUGAGCUUCGCCAGUGACGACACCGUCAUGACGGGCGGCGACGGGCAGCAGGAGAAAUCCUGGGAUACCCUGGGAUCUGAAUACGUUGCGGCCCGCUCGGGAGAGCGUGAGAGACGAUUUUCUGCCAGCUUCUUUUCGGAUAUGUCCCAGUCACCGGUCGGCGUGGCUAUGAGCUUCAUGAGUGAUUCCGGAUUCUGCGAGGCUUCCCCCGGGACAACUGCCCAUCUCAUGAGCUACCAAUCCCCGUUCAUGGGGUACGAUAGCAGCCCCGAGCCCUUGCUGGAACCUUGGUGGGGAAAGGAAAAGGCCGUUGACAAUCGAGAUCAGCUAAACGGGGCCAUGUUUCCUAGUCUCUUCCCAGCGCCGUCGCCGCCGAUGUUCGAAGACCAAACAAAGCACGCCCGCGUUCGCAAUUCUCCGCCUAGCAUCUCGAGUCCUAGCCGCACUCUCCAGGGCUUCGCAUCUCCCACGGCGUCGACGGAUAGACUCACAGAUGGCGGCUACCGUACCAUCACGGCGAAUAUCGUGCGGCCCAUGAUGCAGAAUCCCGCCCUUUCCGAAUUUCGAAACGUCCUCCGACAAGCACACCUACGGAUGGACGAUGGAAAGAUAACGACACUGAGAGACCUUGAAAAUGUCCUCUUGUUGGAACUCGGUCAUCAGCCGGAUGGAUGCACACCUUCGUCGUAUCUCCAACUCUCCUUCGAAUUCCUCGAGCGCAGCGAACAGCUCUGGCCACAGCUUUGUGACGCCGACCUCUGCCGUCCGCAAGAUCUUCCUUACAACAAAAACUACUUCCUCGACGCCCAGCACAAGAUCAUCGGUACGGCCCAGGUCCGUUUCAAACUUCAGCGAGAAGAAUUGGGCAGUGUUCUACAGAGCAUGCGACAAACAACCUCCACGAAUAUCACUACUUCGAGCGUCGGAAAUACGAGUGUACUUGCGAAAGGGGGCGUGCUACACAGCUUAACACCGCUUAAAAGGCUCACUAAGCCCGGGCCAUCAGACGCCGGGUCUACUCGCAAGAGACCGAGAACCAAGGCAUGCGACACAUUUUCUUCCCAGGAGUCCAAAGAGAGAGUAUCGGCAGGUAUUAGUGCUGCGGUGUGCGACCGUGUCGCUGGAAUAAUAAGCAUGCAACCCCCAAGCCAGUCCCGCGGGUGCGCUUCUCCUGAUACCGAUCCCUCCGAUCCCACCAAUCCCUUCUAUGACCCCACCUCUUCUUACUUAACUACCGGCCCGCCAACUGAAACCCACGUCUUCAGUCCACCUUUCUCGCCUUUUAAUUACAACGAUGUGAAUAUUGCCACGACACCACAGUUACAACAACAUAAACGAAGCGCAAAUUCAACUGUGCCCCGAGCCCUUGCAACCAUGUCGGGCAACUCAAGUCAAGCCGGGAAUUUUCCGGAUUCUCCUUCGACACUAGCGCCCAGCGAGAGCUCCACCUCCCCUGGCCCCUCACGACGCCGAAAUGCCUCAAGAUCCACAGCAGAGCCCAAGUCCCACUGCUGCGAGAAAUGCACCAAAUGUUUCCCACGGGCAUGUGACUUGAAGAAGCAUGUGAAAACCCAUGACAGGCCCUACAAGUGCACGGUUCCAAAGUGCAAUUAUCACAUCACUGGGUUUUCGGCCGAAAAGGAUCGCGACCGACACUACCAGGACAAGCAUGACAGGAGCACCCCAAUGAAAGUCUGUAACUAUAAUUGCGGAUAUUCGAGUCGGCGGGAAAGCAAUGUGAAGCAACACAUGGAGAAGGCUCAUGGAUACGAAUACAAACGUACCCGGUCGGUUCGAGGGAAAGCAAGACAGGGGAGCGCGGGAGGUAGAUGUAGCCAAGUCUCGUCCCCUCGGGCACUUCCUCCUCGGUCCCGCAUAUCCUCGCCAUCGUCAGCACCGGCCCACAUGACUACCGGGGUGCAGCCGCCCCAGUCGGAGACAUCUAGCGCCUACGCGACACCGAUGAUGGGCAUCGUCGACGGGUCCACCGACUCGUCUCCUAUGUAUGGCCUCGACGACCUCUCGCCAGGUACCAUGCAGGAAUGCAGUCCCGAAAUUGCGCCGGUCAAUUCCUUCCCUCCCCUUCUUUAUCCGCGGCGCGAAUCUCCGCCCAUGGGAAUCUCCCCGGCCUACAUACAGAGCCCGGAUGAGGGUAGGAACUUCGAGCCGGCUCCGAUCCUUUUCCGCAACCCGGCAGUGGCUGUCGAGGCCAUAAAUGCCACGCACAGCGAUGUCUCGGCGUACACAUAUCCGUCAUGGCAAGCACGGACACCGGUCGACUGUUUCGUCAAUGCCAACGCCAACAGAGAUGCGCCACUGGGAGGGGAGGACCUGUCACCGGUUUCGGAUUUUGCAGAUACGUUCCUUCGCGAUUGCCCUCCCCACAUUUGGGACGAUAACGCGACACCAGCAAUAGACCCGGAGUUGCCUGUCGUUCCCAACGACAGGUACGAUCCCAGCCGGGAUCGCGAUUAUUUCUAAACACCAUUGGUACGACGUCUAGUUCUUUGAAAGUUCAACAGUUAUUUUAGAUACGAUAUGGGAGGGAAUGGCAUGACGAGUCUUUCAGCCGAAUUAGGCGGUUUUGAGUGCAGGUCCUUUGAUUUUGUUUUUACUUUUUUUUUUUUUUGCAUUGGUUUUCAGAAGCGAUUUUUUGGGAGGGGAUUCUUUUUUUUUGCACUCAUUCGGUGAAGAGUAUUUUGGCGGGAAGGGACGGAUGGAUGCAAUUGGUAUGGUGAUGAUAUUCUCACUGAUUUGGAACAUUUUCUGCAGCUCGCUGCGCAUGUAUGUAUGUAUAUUUUUGACGAAUGGCAUGGUUAUCGUGGGCAUGGAUGGAGAAAGGGUUGGCUCUUCUUCUUUUUUUUGCUUUUCUAGCUGUUUCUUUUUUCUUUUUUCUUUUUUCUUUUUUCUUUUUUCUUUU